AAAUAAACAUCAAAAUGAUGAUUCAAUUCAACCUUUUGUGUUUUAAUUUCGUGAGGGGAGGAGAAAAGGAAAGGAAAAGUCUAAUAAAUAGAGAAGAAAGAAGGAGAAUAAGCCUUGGGGCAAAUAAAUGUGUGUUCAAAGUUUUUGAGUUGGUUGGUCUUACGUGCGGGCGGGUCUGUUUUUUCAACUUCCCCUUUCCUCUUUCUCUAUAAUUCCUUUUUCCAUGAAUUUUCCAUGAAAAUCAUCUUCUUCCUUAGUAAUUUCCACACCUUGUCGAAGAAGAAGACGACGACUCCAACAAUAAAGAGCAAGAAGAAAAAGAAAAAGUAGUUGAAGACGGUGACGCGUAUGAUUAUGGCCGAAGAUGAUUCUCAGUCACUUUGCUUGGUUUAUUUCUUACUCUUCGUUUUGAUCACAGCCAUAUCAGUGGCGGGAGAUUCUCUUGACAGUGAUAGAGAAGUCUUACUAAGCCUCAAAACUUACCUUGAAUCCUGUAACCCAACGAACCGAGGAGUGUACACUGAAUGGAAAACAGAGAAGCAAGAUGUGUGUAAUCAAUGGCCUGGAGUCUCAUGUAUGCCACAGGGAAGUAGAGUCACAGGCAUCAACCUAAGUGACUCCACCAUCUCAGGUGCUCUGUUCACCAACUUCUCCGCCUUAACGCAGCUCACUCACCUCGAUUUAUCAAAGAACACGAUCGAAGGAUCAAUACCAGACGACCUGAGCCGUUGCCAAAACCUGAAACAUCUCAAUCUUUCUCACAACAUCCUCGACGGGGAGCUCAGCAUAUCCGGACUAUCAAAUCUUGAGGUUCUUGAUCUGUCAGUGAAUAGAAUCGCCGGUGAUGUCCACUCCACCUUCCCAACGCUAUGCAACCGCUUGGUGGUUGCGAAUCUAUCCACCAAUAACUUCACUGGCAGGAUGGAUGACAUCUUCAACGGUUGUGGGCAUCUAAAGUACGUCGACUUCAGUUCCAACAGCUUCAGGGGAGAGAUAUGGCCUAGUUUUGGGAGGUUGAUCCAGUUCUCGGUUUCCGAGAAUCAUCAUCUCUCCGGGAAGAUCACACCCACAAUGUUCAGAGGGAACUGCACUCUCCAAGUGUUGGACUUGUCCGAAAAUGAGUUUAUCGGUGAGUUUCCGGGACAAGUCUCGAACUGUCAGAGCCUGGAGGUAUUGAGUCUGUGGGGGAACAACUUCACUGGGAAGAUUCCAGGUCAGAUAGGCUCUAUAUCCUCUCUGAGAGGCUUGUACUUGGGGAAUAAUAAAUUCUCUCGAGACAUACCUGAAACUCUAUUGAACUUGACCAACUUGAUCUUUCUUGACUUGAGUAAGAACAGCUUUGGAGGAGAUGUACAAGAAAUAUUCGGUAGGUUCACUCAAGUGAAGUAUCUAGUCUUGCAUGGGAACUCAUACGUCGGAGGCAUACACUCUUCUAACAUCCUCUCGCUACCUAAUCUUUCAAGGCUAGAUCUUAGCAAAAACAACUUCUCUGGCCAGUUACCUCCCGAGAUCUCUAAGAUGCAGAGUUUGAAAUUUUUGAUUCUUGCUUAUAACAACUUCAGCGGCGAUAUACCGAAAGAGUAUGGUAACAUGCCGAAUCUUCAAGCGCUUGAUCUCUCUUUCAACAAGCUGACCGGUUCGAUACCAGCGUCAUUCGGGAAGCUGACGUCUCUUCUGUGGCUAAUGCUUGCGAACAACUCUCUAUCAGGAGAAAUCCCUCGGGAGAUUGGAAACUGCUCUAGCCUUCUGUGGUUCAACGCGGCGAAUAAUCAGUUAUCUGGUGGAUUACAUCCUGAGCUGACUCUAAUGGGUAUCAACCCUUCUCCGACGUUCGAAGUGAACAGGCGAAACACCGACAACAUAAUCGCUGGCUCAGGUGAAUGCUUGGCGAUGCGGAGAUGGAUUCCUGCUGAGUUCCCUCCUUUCAACUUUGUAUACGCGAUACUUACCAAAAAGAGUUGCAGAAGCUUAUGGGACCAUGUGCUAAAAGGGUACGGGCUCUUUCCCGUCUGCUCUCCUGGCUCCACGGUCCGGACGCUUAAUAUCUCUGCUUACCUUCAGCUCAGUGGGAACAAGCUAACCGGCGAGGUUCCUGCGAAUAUCUCUCGGAUGAAGAAGCUGAGUAUGCUUCAUUUGGGGUUCAACGAGUUCCACGGGCAGCUUCCCAAGGAGAUUGGGAAGUUGCCUCUCGCGUUCCUCAACCUGACCAGAAACAACUUCUCGGGACAGAUACCUGAGGAGAUAGAGAAUCUCAAGUGUCUGCAGAAUCUUGAUCUGUCUUGCAACAACUUCUCAGGAAACUUUCCGACCAGUUUGAACGACUUGUCUGAGCUGAGCAAGUUCAACAUCUCUUACAACCCUUUUAUUACCGGUGUGAUACCAUCCACAGGACAGCUCACAACCUUUGAGAAAGACUCCUUCCUUGGGAAUCCUCUUCUCCAGUUUCCAAGCUUCUUCAACCAAUCAAGAAACAACAACAAGACGAGGACUCAGAUUACGUACCAAAAGCUAGGACACUCGCCGGGAACUAUCCUCGUGGUUUGCAUCUCCUCCGCUCUCGCAUUGGUCUUCAUCGCUUGUGUGGUGGUUAUAAGCAUCAUCCUCAUGGUUGUCAAAAGCUCAAGACAAUCCGAAACAGAUCUCUUGGACGGUUCCAAAAUCAGACACGACAGCUCCGGGGGAUCGUCCCCCUGGCUGUCGGGAAAAAUCAAAGUCAUCCGGUUAGAUAAGUCCACGUUCACGUACACCGACAUUCUCAAAGCCACCAGUAACUUCUCCGAGGAGAGAGUAGUGGGUAAAGGAGGAUUCGGGACCGUUUACAGAGGCGUGUUGCCCGACGGAAGAGAAGUCGCGGUCAAGAAGCUGCAGAGAGAAGGCACGGAGGCGGAGAAAGAGUUCAGAGCCGAGAUGGAAGUUCUAAGCGCCAAUGCGUAUGGUGACUGGGCGCAUCCCAACCUCGUGAGGCUGUACGGAUGGUGUUUAGACGAGUCGGAGAAGAUCUUGGUGCACGAGUACAUGGGUGGCGGGAGCUUAGAGGAGCUUAUAACAGACAAAACAAAGCUAACGUGGAAGAAACGGAUUGAUAUAGCUAAAGACGUAGCGCGUGCGUUGGUGUUUUUGCACCACGAGUGUUACCCUUCGAUCGUCCACAGAGACGUGAAGGCGAGUAACGUUCUCUUGGACAAACACGGGAACGCGAGGGUUACGGACUUUGGACUAGCGAGGCUUUUGAACGUUGGGGAUAGCCACGUGAGCACUGUGAUCGCGGGGACUAUAGGGUAUGUAGCUCCUGAGUAUGGACAGACUUGGCAGGCUACCACGAGGGGGGAUGUUUACAGCUACGGAGUGUUGGUAAUGGAGCUCGCGACGGGGAGAAGAGCGGUAGAUGGAGGUGAAGAGUGUUUGGUUGAAUGGGCGAAACGGGUGAUGAUGACGGGUAACUUGACGGUUAAAGGGUCACCGUUUACUCUCUCCGGGACAAAGCCAGGGUACGGAGCCGAGGAGAUGACUGAGCUAGUAAAAGUUGGUGUGAAGUGUACUGCGGAUCAGCCUCAGGCAAGACCGAACAUGAAAGAGGUUUUGUCUAUGUUGGUUAAGAUAUCUGGUAAAGCUGAGCUGUUCAAUGGCUUGUCUUCACCACCACAAGUUUACAUAGAAAUGCGACACAAGGAGUACAAUGAGUUAGGUUGAGAUCUCUCUGAUCAGCCAGUUUAAGCUCGGGACAGCGAAAUAAAGAACAAGAAACGAUGGGACAGCCAAAGCAAACGUGACAAAGACAUAGACACCGAGAACCGCAGCACUCACAGGGAUUGCAUAUAAAGCCACCAAAAGGAAUACGACUAUCAAAGGAAACUUAGCCAAGAGAUGAGCAGC